AGAGAGGAGAGCACAGUUGCAGAAGCGGUCACAGAGAGAGAAGGUAUAAAAAAGGAGAAAGGAGGGGGAGGGAGAGGAGGUUGGGAGAGAUAGAGAGAAGCUUACAGUAGCAAAAUACAAAAUGCUGGGGAAAGCACUCUUAUCUCUCUUCUUCUUCUUCGUCCUCCUCAUAUCCUUCUUUAUAUUCACUGGAACCCUUGAUCUCAGAGCACACUUCUUCUCUAUUUCUCCAUUGCCUCAACAACAUCAGCUGUCUAUCUGCCCCACACAUUCACCUCUCCGAGUCUUCAUGUACGAUCUUCCACGUCGAUUCAAUGUUGGCAUGAUCGACCGCCGGAAUUCCGAUGAGACUCCUGUCACUGCUAGGAAUUUUCCUCCCUGGCCUUCUCAUUCUGGUCUCAAGAAGCAGCACAGUGUGGAGUACUGGAUGAUGGUGUCGCUUUUUUAUGAGGGAGAAGGAGAUGCAGAGGAGACGAAAGAGGCGGUUAGGGUUUCGGAUCCGGAGAUGGCGGACGUCUUCUUUGUUCCCUUUUUCUCGUCUUUGAGUUUCAAUACCCACGGGCAUAACAUGACGGAUCCAGAUACAGAGAUUGAUCGCCGAUUACAGAUUGACCUGCUGGAGUUUCUGAGGAAAUCCAAGUACUGGCAGAGGUCUGGAGGCCGUGACCAUGUAAUUCCCAUGCAUCACCCGAAUGCUUUCAGAUUUCUUCGGGAUCAGGUGAAUGCAUCUAUACUUGUUGUUGCAGAUUUUGGACGCUAUCCAAAAAGCAUGUCUUAUCUGAGCAAAGAUGUGGUGGCUCCCUAUGUUCAUGUUGUGGAUUCCAUUAUAGAUGAUAAUUCUCUUGACCCUUUUGAAUCUCGGACCACACUUCUCUUCUUCCGUGGGAGGACAGUAAGAAAAGAUGAAGGAAUCAUUCGUGCUAAACUGGCCAAGAUUUUAGUUGGUUAUGAUGAUGUUCACUAUGAGGAAAGCUUUGCUACAGGUGAAAGCAUAAAAGCGUCAUCACAAGGGAUGCGUUCAUCAAAAUUUUGUUUGAAUCCUGCUGGAGAUACCCCUUCCUCGUGCCGCCUCUUUGAUGCUAUUAUCAGCCAUUGCGUCCCUGUCAUUGUGAGUGACCGGAUUGAGCUUCCCUAUGAGGAUGAUCUUGACUACACUGAGUUCUCUGUCUUUUUCUCCAUCCAAGAGGCACUAAAACCUGGUUACAUGGUCCAGCAGCUUCGUCAAAUCCCAAAAGAGAGAUGGGUGAAGAUGUGGGAGAGGCUGAAGUACAUCUCCCAUCACUAUGAGUUCCAGUACCCCCCAAAGAUGGGAGAUGCUGUCAAUAUGUUAUGGAGACAGGUCAGGCACAAACUUCCUGGGGCAAGGCUUGCAGAGCACAGAAGCAGGAGGUUGAAAAUACCAGAUUGGUGGGGUCGAAGAAGAAGAAGAUGAUCAUAGUGCCUGAUUUUCACUUUGUACAUCAUAAUUCUUAACAUUAACAGCCCUUUGAGCGGGGAAUAACCACAUGGAGGAGUUCACCAAGCCUCGCUGUCAACUUUGCCAAAAAAUCUUGCAAUCUUUUGUUCAUUAUUCGUUAUUAUUUUCUUAAAGAAGUGAAUCAGUAAAGUCUAGACCUGGUCAUUUAUAGAGUGAUGUAUAGUUGUUUGGUAUUCAAAUUUUGUGGAUUUGUUUUAUGUUUGAGAAUUUAAUCAUGUGUUGAUUUUCAAU